GGAAGGCACAUGUUGGAGAGGGGGAGAGAGAGCGAGGGGCAGAGCGCUGUGGAAAAACGGCUUCCAAGGGCCAGUCGCUCACACAGGCUGUUCCUUCAGCUCCCUCCUUGUGAAUGUAAAGGCGAGAGAGAGACUGAAAGCCUGAGGAAAAACGUGCCCUUUGUGUGGCAUUCGAAGCAGCUCCCCAUUGAAGCUCCCAGCCGCGGGAGCUGCUCAGGGACCAUCGGAAGAGAAGAAAGGUUGGCGGUGUCCGUGCAGCCCCGUGCACACCCUCAGGCCAAAACCUCAGUGCCUGGUCGGGAACCUGCAGGACAGAAUCUCUUACAGGAAGUUACACUGUUGGCGGAACGGAAUCUGGUAGUGCUACUCCGCUGGACUGUUUCCUUUACCUUUCCCUGAGCUGCUGCCGAGAUAUAUAGAGCCUAGGAGAGAGUGGCUCAUAGUGACUUUGGCGAAUCUAAAACAAGCAAUCGUUUGCUGGUGGACUCUGCUCGAUGAUCCAGUGUGUCUCCCUGGGGGAACUGUAGCACACACUAUCAGAUGCCUGUCGGAUACAUAGCCUGUGUCUGCUGUGGAGUGCUGCAUUCAUUAUGAUUCUGUGUCUGUUUCAGGGCAGAACAGUCACUCUCUCUUCACUUAUUAUGGGACUUAUUUAAUCUCUGUGAUGGUGUCUGGCUGGUAAAUGUAAUUGAUCUUUCAAAACUCUCUUUCUUGGUUCAUAGUUGUCAUUAAGGAAAAUUACUUAUAAAUUAUGCAGUAACUGUGGUCUCCGUAGGAUUUAUGUGUGUGUAGACUUACGGUUUGUGUACGGGUCUGAAAAAAAGGAACUGCGAAACGGUGAUACUAAAGUGGUGCACUGGGGCUGCACUUGGUGAGAGCGACACCUUGGUACUGAAUGGGACAGCUGGUCAGUCGGCCAGGUCGCCUCCGUGUAAGCUUGUUGGUGGAGAGCACGGAGAAUGCCUGCUGCUGGAAAAGAGCAAAGGACACUGGUCUCCUCCACAUCCUGCGUGCCGGGAGAGGAGACCCAUGUUUGAGUCUUUCUGAGGGAUCCCCUGUUUUGAACCUCAGGAAGCACUUGGAGGACUCAUCUGAGGCGAGAAAAAAUGUGAUAUGAUCCAAAAACGAAGACAAUCUGAGUAGGAAUAAAAAAUAACUCCCCUGCGAGUGUUUAAUACCAAGACCUUCUUUUUCUUUUCUUAAUGUUUUAAGACUCACUAGCUUCUUGGGAAUUAAUUUGCUGAUUGCAUAGUGACAUACAGGAAGGCAGCGGGAGAGUGACUGAAUUGGCCCACAGGGCCUGAUAGCUGCGGCCCCUCUCCGCAAGACACCCUGGAGUCCGCCAGUGUACACACACUGGCUCAGGUGACAAGUACUGUACAUCAGCCUACAGGGCAGGGAGGGACCGGUGGGAUCUGCCUUCACUAGAGGGGUAGACUGGGGACGGGAGAAGUUGAUGGUCUGGCGCUGGCAGCAUGGACGACUCCAGCAUCUUGAGACGUCGAGGCCUACAGAAGGAACUGAGCCUUCCAAGAAGAGGCAGCUUCUGCCGGACAAGCAACAGGAAGAGUCUCAUAGUGACGUCGAGCACAUCCCCCACCCUGCCCAGGCCGCACUCCCCACUUCAUGGCCACACAGGGACCAGUCCCCUGGAUAGUCCAAGAAACUUUUCUCCGAACACUGCAGCCCAUUUCUCCUUUGUGCCGGCACGCAGUCAUGGGCACAGGGCUGACAGGACCGACGGUCGAAGGUGGUCUCUGGCCUCGCUGCCGUCCUCUGGCUAUGGCACCAACACGCCGAGCUCAACAGUCUCGUCGUCCUGUUCAUCCCAGGAGAGGCUGCACCAGCUGCCCUUCCAGCCCACGGCCGACGAGCUGCACUUCCUCACCAAGCACUUCAGCUCUGAGAGCGUUACGGACGAAGAGGGCCGCCGCUCGCCCGCCCUGAGGCCACGCUCCCGGAGCCUCAGUCCUGGCCGGUCGCCCAUCUCCUUUGACCAUGAGAUCGUCAUGAUGAACCAUGUGUACAAGGAGCGGUUCCCCAAGGCCACCGCUCAGAUGGAGGAGCGCCUGGCGGAUUUCCUAUCAUCUUCCGCCCCGGGAAAGGUGGAGCCCCUGGCCGAUGGCGUGUUGAGCUUCAUUCACCACCAGGUGAUAGAGCUGACGCGAGACUGCCUGGACAAGUCCCGCGAGGGCCUCAUCACCUCCCGCUACUUCUACGAGCUGCAGGAGAACCUGGAGAAGCUGCUGCAGGAUGCUCACGAGCGAUCAGAAAGUGCGGAAGUGACCUUCGUCACCCAGCUGGUGAAGAAUUUGAUGAUCAUCAUCGCCCGGCCUGCACGCCUACUGGAGUGUUUGGAGUUUGACCCAGAGGAGUUUUACCACCUGCUGGAAGCUGCUGAAGGCCAUGCCAAAGAGGGCCAGGGCAUCAAGUCAGACAUCCCCCGCUACAUCAUCAGCCAGCUGGGCCUCACCAGGGAUCCCCUGGAGGAAAUGGCCCAGCUGAGCAGCUAUGACAGUGGCAACCCAGACACUCCUGAGACGGACGACUCCACGGAGAAUCGUGGUGCGGUGGUACAGCCGCAGUCCAAGAUGAAGACCCCAUGUGAAGAAGACUUUGAGAACAUUAAGCUCAUCAGCAACGGGGCAUAUGGGGCUGUCUUCUUGGUGCGGCACAAAGAGACACGCCAACGCUUUGCUAUGAAGAAGAUCAACAAGCAGAACCUGAUUCUGAGGAAUCAGAUCCAGCAGGCCUUCGUGGAGCGGGACAUCCUGACCUUCGCUGAGAACCCCUUCGUGGUCAGCAUGUUCUGCUCCUUCGAGACACGCCGGCACCUCUGCAUGGUGAUGGAGUAUGUCGAAGGGGGAGACUGUGCUACGCUGCUUAAGAACAUUGGGGCCCUCCCCGUAGACAUGGCCAGGAUGUACUUCGCCGAGACGGUCCUAGCGCUGGAGUACCUGCACAACUAUGGGAUCGUGCACAGAGACCUAAAGCCCGACAAUCUCCUGAUUACCUCGCUGGGACACAUCAAGCUGACCGAUUUUGGGCUGUCCAAGAUCGGCCUCAUGAGUCUCACCACCAACCUGUACGAGGGGCACAUAGAGAAGGACGCUCGUGAGUUUCUGGACAAGCAGGUGUGUGGCACCCCCGAGUACAUCGCCCCGGAAGUGAUCCUCCGACAGGGCUACGGCAAGCCGGUGGAUUGGUGGGCCAUGGGUGUGAUCCUCUAUGAGUUCCUGGUGGGCUGCGCUCCCUUCUUCGGGGACACGCCCGAGGAGCUCUUCGGACAGGUCAUCAGCGAUGAGAUCAUCUGGCCAGAGGAGGAAGAGGCCUUGCCAUCAGAUGCCCAGGACCUCAUCUCCAAGCUGCUGCAUCAGAAUCCCUUGGAGCGUCUGGGGACAGGUGGAGCCUUCGAGGUGAAGCAGCACCGCUUCUUCUCGGACCUGGACUGGAACAGCCUUCUGAGGCAGAAGGCUGAGUUCAUCCCCCAGUUGGAAUCGGAGGACGAUACCAGCUACUUUGACACCCGGUCCGACCGGUAUCACCAUGUGGACUCCGAGGAGGAGGACGACACCAAUGACGACGAGCACCUGGAGAUCCGCCAGUUCUCCUCUUGUUCUCCUCGCUUUAGCAAGGUGUACAGCAGCAUGGAGCGCCUCUCGCUCCACGAGGAGAAGAGGACUCCUCCCCCCACCAAACGCAGCCUGAGCGAGGAGGGCGGGGACCGAUUCGACAGCCUGGGUGGCCUCAAGUCACGUGACCGCAGCUGGAUGGUCGGAUCCCCAGAAAUCCUGCGGAAGCGGCUGUCUGUGUCGGAGUCCUCGCAUACGGAGAGUGACUCCAGCCCUCCUCUGACGGUGCGCCGGCGCUGCUGUUCGGCCAUCAUUGAGAUGCCCCGCUUCGCGAUCUCCACCGAGGACGAGACUGCCGGUGCCCGCAGGAGCCCCUCGCUGCUGCCGCAGACCCCGGCCCGCGGGCCACGGGGCGAGGAGCUGCCCCUGUCCAUCCCGGAGCUGCCCCUGGAGAGGGAGCUGAAGCUGGAUGAGUCUCCCACCACCCCGGGCUCCACCGGCAGCCAGCUGAGCAGGGCCACUCUCACCCCGGGCGGCUCAAGCGACGUGUGGGACCGGUCGUCUCCACGUGGCCCCUCCGCCGAGGGGGUGGACAGCUCCACCCCCAGGGCCAUCAGCGACCUGGCAGCCCGCCGUGCCCGCCACCGGCUGCUGUCGGGAGAGUCCCUGGAGAAGCACACCUCCCGUCCCCUCAACAAGGUCAUCAAGUCGGCCUCGGCCACCACGCUCUCGCUGCUCAUCCCCGCAGAGCACCACGUCGCCUCUCCAUUGGCCAGCCCCAUGUCGCCACGCUCACUCUCCUCCAACCCCUCAUCGAGGGACUCCUCCCCCAGCCGCGACCUCUCUCCUGCCGUGUGCAACACCAAGCCCGCCAUCGUCAUCCACCGCUCUGGCAAGAAGUACGGCUUCACCCUGCGCGCCAUCCGCGUCUACAUGGGCGACACAGACAUCUACACCGUGCACCACAUGGUCUGGCAUGUGGAGGACGGUGGUCCCGCCCACGAGGCCGGCCUGAGGGAGCGGGAUCUCAUCACACACGUCAACGGGGAGCCCGUGCACGGCCUGGUGCACACCGAGGUGGUGGAGCUCAUCCUUAAGAGUGGCAACAAGGUCUCCAUCUCUGCCACGCCCUUCGAGAACACCUCCAUUAAGGUGGGCCCUGCCCGCAAGGCCAACCGUAAAGCCAAGAUGGCACGCCGCAACAAGAAGACUAAGACUAAGGAGAGCCAGGACAGCACCAAGAAGCGGACGUCGCUGUUCCGCCGUAUCACCAAGCAGGCCUCGCUCCUACACACCAGCCGCAGCCUGUCCUCCCUGAACCGCUCACUGUCGUCCGGGGAGAGUGUCCCCGGCUCCCCCACACACAACCUGUCCCCCCGUUCGCCCACGCAGGGCUACCGCUCAACGCCGGACUCUGCACACUCUGUAGGGGGCACGUCGUCGCAGAGCAGCUCCCCCAGCUCCAGCGUCCCCAACUCCCCAGCCAGCUCUGGCCAUAUCCGGCCCAGCUCCCUGCAUGGCCUGGGCCCCAAGCUGCAGAGGCAGUACCGCUCGCCCCGCCGCAAAUCGGCCGGCAACAUCCCGCUGUCACCGCUGGCGCGCACGCCCUCACCGACGCCACAGAGCACCUCCCCCCAGCGCUCGCCCUCCCCCCUGGCUGGCCACACCCUGGGCCCCUCCUUCCCAGUGAAGCUGCACUCCUCACCGCCCCUGGUGCGCCAGAUCUCACGGCCCAAGAGCGCCGAGCCGCCACGUUCGCCGCUGCUGAAGCGUGUGCAGUCAGCGGAGAAGCUGGCUGCCUCCCUGUCCUCCUCCUCCUCCUCGCCCUCUCCCUCCUCUGCCGCCGACAAGAAGCUGCCUGCAGCCUCCCGCAAGCACAGUCUGGAUGUCUCACACUCUGACUUCAAGAAGGAGAUGCUGCAGCGGGACCCCAGCCUGCAGAGCCUGCAGGAAUCGGCCAGCGAGACCCUCCUGGGGGGCAGGGCGGCCCCUGCCGAGAAGGGCAGCCUGCAGAAGCCCUCCCCGUCCCGGAAGCCUGGCCGGCAGGAGGUCCCUGAUUUGGGGGCUGCCUCUCUGGGCCUAACGCCCGGGAAGAGCAAGCUAAAGGACAAGCUGUCGGCCAUUCGGCAGGACCGCGCAGGCCGGCGGGAGUCAUUGCAGAAGCAGGAUGCCAUACACGAGGUGGACUCCUCUGAGGAUGAGACGGAUGAGGGCUCUGAGGACAGCCAGGACGGCCGCCGGCUGGGCAGCUGGGGGGAUGGUCGGCACAGGAGCAAGGAGGAGGUGCCCUUCGUGCCCCCGGCCUCUGUGCUCAGGCCCGCAACUGUGAUGGGUGCUCCUUCUGUUAAGGCGGUCCCCGCAGUGGCCCCGAGCUUGUCCGUUCCAAUCCCUACUCCAGCUUCUGCAGCCCCCCUUCAGCCGGGGAAACUGCCCCAGACUCGGGCCGAGGGUGUAGCUGCAGAGCAGACCCUGGUCCCGGUCGUCCCAGACAGUGGCCCGGUGGCGGCAGUGGCGCCGGAGGCCGUGUCCACCCCCAAGGUCAGCUCACUUCCCCAGGGGCCCGUGAACAAGCUGCCAGGCCCGUUUCCCACCCCCGGCAGCGCUUUCAUCCCUAUCACUAAGGAGAGCCCUGAGAAGCCGGCUUCUAUCUCAACAGUGCCCCCUCAGGACCGGAGGACCAGCUGCCCUGCUGCUGAAGCCAAGCCAAACGAUAUUGCCCCAAAGGGGCUUCUGUCGCCCAAGCCUCAGUCCUGUACCCCGGUGGCGGACUCCAGGGACCCCCCUGCACCUGUCACAGGGACGAGUAAGGAGAAGAAGGAAGCGGAGAAUCGGCGGCAGGCCUUGCACGUUGCGGCCAUUGCUGCCGCCGCCGCUCCACUAGCCGAAAGCGGGGUUGACAAGGUCGUGUCCCAGCUGGCCACCGUGGCUAAAAGCGUUCUGGGGCCGGUCAGGCUCAGUCUCCCCGCUGCCAGGGAGGCCUUCGACAGGGCCCGUGACCUGCGGCCAGCGAAUCCUCUUCAGCCCCCCUGCAGGGAGCAGGAAACGGCGCCGUCGGGCACGCCCCCCAGACAGGCCAGCCCUCAGAUCUCACGUCGGCCCGGGGUAUCCCCUCCCAAGCAGGCUGCCUCCUCUCCGAGUCUCGUGGAGCCCAUCGGAGAUCGAGGGAGGCUCACGCCUAGCAGGACCUCUGCCCAGACCCCCGAGGGGUCGCAAGAGCGGGCAAGCUCCCUGCCCCAGGACAGCCCAGCGCACCAGCAGCUGAGGCAGGGUCAGGUGGGCAGCGCUCCGCAGAGACCUGCGGCACCGCAGGACAAAACUGGCAGGAAGACGUAGCAGCGACUGCCAACUGAUAUGGACUAGCAGCAAGGCAUGCUGGGAUAGCAGUACGAUCGACACACUAACCUGAGAAGCACUAGCUGUUAAGAUAAAACAAAAACAGGAAUAAAUGACAAGCUCUAUUCUGGAUUGUUUUUCGCCGUAUGUCUAGCAUCUGACACCUGGAUUGUUAGCUUUUCCUCCUGUUUGACUGACGUUUGCGUGGAGUCUGUUGCUCUCCGCAGACGGUUUCAGCUAAAACGAACGGCUCGCAGUCGCUGGGAUGGACUUUGAAAGCAGAUCUUUCCAUUUCCAUUAUCGGUAUUCUCCAGCUGAAAGGCAGCAGUCUGCAUUCCAAUCUGUUCUCGGGUCACUCGCACUAACUGGUCGUGCCUUAGAGGAAAACAUUUCAUUUUCAUCCUUUUUUUUUUCUUUCCAAGAGCAGCUUUAUCGGGGGAAGCAAGUAUGUAUCUCAGCAAUAAAAUGGCUUUCGUUUAGCAAAUUGUGUACACCUAUGACAUUGAUUUAAAAAAAAAAAGAAAAAGCAAGCGGUUUAGCUAUUUCAUAGCCAGACUCCAACCUGCUGCUUCCCCAUUAUUACCACUUGGCUUUUACUGAUGUUUCGGGCAGCACUGAAGCCAGAUUGUAGAUUAAGUGCAUGUAACUGGGCUGCAGGGUGUUGUGGCUGCUUUCUCUGCAUACACUCAGUGCUGUGCUCCUGCUCCUAUGCCAGAGGCCUGUCCCACCGCCUGUUAGCCUGCUGAACUUCAUAUCUGAGUGGAGAUUUUUGCCAAAUUGUUGGAGUUCUGCCCCAAUCUGGGACUUCUGGUUCUGGCACAAUCACGCAGGUUCAUAGCAGCAUGGGUGAUGGAACCGAGAGGGACAUGAGCUGUCUGAUAGCUGGAGAAUGGGGGGAUAGGGUAAACUGUCAAUUAGUCUGCUACUGCUACAGUGGCCAUUGGGCGUUUCAAGCCUCUGAUUAACCCCAUCCUACAAACAUGGUUAUUGUCACUGUCGAUAGUAAGUUUGUACAGCGGACCAGCAUGCCGUGUUUUGUGCUUGGGGUUUUUUUUGAUUUCCUGAGUGGAUCCCUCUUUAUAAGUGUGUGUGUGUGUGUGUGUGUGUGCGCGUGCGCGUGUGCGUGUGCGUGUGUGUGUGUGCGCGUGCGCGUGUGCGUGUGCAUGUGAUAGAAAUAGAGAGCGAAGGAGAGAGAUGUGUGUUGUUUGGAGAGUGUGUUCAUAUCAGGACAGCUUCAGCUGUGGACAGCAGUCCUUCACUUACCUGGGGGCUGCAAUACAUUUGCACAUAUGCGUUAAGGCCGGUGCACAGAUCUGGCACCAUUCUGAACCCGACUCCAGGGGCCUGUGACCGAAACCCUUUCAGACUGACCUCAGAUCAGCAGUGGGCUCCCUGGGCCUGCAGUUUGCAUGGUGUGUUUACAGCGUGUACCCCUUUAUGGUCACCUACCAUCAUCCCUUCCCGAAUUGGGGGAGGGGGGCUGAUCCCAUAGAGCCCUCCUCUUGUUCUGCUGUGAAUUCAGCAGUGUAUUCCCCCACCAUGUCACAGAGGCAUGUCCUGACAGGCCUGCGAAUGCACCUUCGGUUAUUACCAUAAGGCAAGAUCGCUGCAGGUUAGUCUUGCUCGCUGAGGUGCCCUGGCUGAUCUCACGGAAGCAUGACGUUUACUGGCAAACACCCAAAGAACUGAGCUGAUUAGGGGGCGGCCCUGGGAGACCGGCGUCGUGUGGUAUGUGCAUUUAGAGGAUUUCUGACUUAUUAGGAAGGAAUCAUUUUACAGAAAUGACAGUCUUGUGUGCAGAGUAUGGAAGUGUGUUUCUGGAGCUUAUGUGCAUAACGCAGCAGAGCCGUCAAUAUUCUGCAUCAGGAAAUCCACAGUGACACAUUUCCUCACUACAGUAAUACACAGGAGUUAUCCAGCUUGCCUGACCAAAGCCUUUCUAAAACAGACCUGCAGUCCCUGUUAAAUCCCCAAAUAGCCUUUGGAAAAAAAAAAAAGUUUACAGUUGCAGAAGGGGUGGAAAAAAUGUGAGUUGUAAAUAGUGAUCUGUUCUAUUUAAUCUAUUUGUGAGAGUGUUGUGUUUAGGUGACAGUUGUACUGGCCUUAAUGUUGUAGGGGCUCCCGCUUACUGGAAGUGCAUCUUGGGAGUGACAUAGCCACAAUGGCCUUCUGGGUCUUGUAGUUCUGUAGCUGAAAGUCUCUGUUCUAUUCAAGGACCACUUGUCUUCAAUGUGAGAAAUAUGUGUUACUCGCCAUGAUACUUGAGGCCGGAGGGAGGGUACGUGUGUGUCUGGGAUGCAGCAAGGUCACCUGACCACCUGCGAGGAGUGCAGCAGUCUGCUUUUAUCCCUCCUUGCCAUUUCUCUCAUUCACACAGUUUCUUUAGUCUCUGACACACAUUGACUGUGGAAGGAGGUCUCUUAGAUGUCUUGUGUGUUUUUUAACGGAGAGAGAUAAUAAAUAACAAUUUUAAAAUAAUUUUAUAUAUGCAGGAUCUGUGUAAUCCUUAGCAGUGUUAAUGUUGUCCUGCGUGUAGAGACCAGUGCCAUAGAUGGCCCAGCCCCGCUGGGUUGGUGGUUGGAGCACGAGGAUGGGGCUCCCUUUUGGGGGAGGGGGGGGGGCAGCGUGCUUUUGUCUGUUAGUGUGGGAAGGGUGUUACCGCAGCUUACGUGGGAUGGGGUUCAGGGUAUGACAAACUGCUAGAGUAAAACCAGUGCAAUAUCUUUUUAAUUUUGUGUUAAUUGCAUGUUGUUAUUCCUUAUAAAUAAAGUUUUUAUACUAAAAAGA